UACAUUUCCCUUCCGCCCCCCCCUCAGUCCCGAGGCCGCCUUGGCGCGAGACAUUUGCGAGCAGAGUGUCUCCAAGAUGGCCGCUUGGGGAAGGAGGCGUCUUGGCCCGGGCAGCAGUGGCGGCAGCGCCCGAGAGAGGGAACCAGCAGUGUUUGUAAUGAAGAACAUCAGACUCUGAGCUGUAACCUGAAUUCUUGUCCAAAAGUCAGCAUACUGGCAGCAAGCACACGAAACAGACUGCCACUUGUCCUGUCAGCGUCUUUGAGACCCACUUGCCCAUCUAGGAAGGCACAGUGCAGGAGGUAUCUGUGUGUUCUGCCACUUGGGUGCCAGCCUGGACCAGCUCACAGGCAGUCCCUCCUGUCGUACUUGGGCUGCUGUCUUCACUCUCGGGGCCCCUGAGCGCCUGUGAGCCUCCGUGAUUGUUGGAAUGGUGAGCUUGUCCGUUACAGACUGUUACAUUGUACAUGAGAUCUACAAUGGGGAGAAUGCCCAGGACCAGUUUGAGUAUGAGCUGGAGCAGGCCCUGGAAGCCCAGUACAAAUACAUUGUUAUCGAGCCCACCCGCAUCGGGGACGAGACGGCCCGCUGGAUCACGGUGGGCAACUGCCUGCACAAGACCACCGUGCUGGCAGGCACGGCCUGCCUCUUCACCCCGUUGGCCCUGCCCUUGGAUUACUCACACUACAUCUCCUUGCCUGCUGGGGUGCUGAGCCUGGCCUGCUGCACCCUCUAUGGCAUCUCCUGGCAGUUCGACCCUUGCUGCAAGUAUCAGGUGGAGUACGACGCCUAUAAACUGUCCCGCCUGCCCCUGCACACACUCACUUCGUCCACCCCCGUGGUGCUGGUCCGGAAGGACGACUUGCACAGAAAGAGACUGCACAACACGAUAGCACUGGCCGCCCUGGUGUACUGUGUAAAGAAGAUUUAUGAACUCUACUCUGUAUGAUUUCAGUAGAAUGGGAGAUGCAAACAACCCAGCCAACAAGAGACAGAGUAUUCAGAUGGCCACAGUAACAUGUUUGCUCCGUGAGCCAGCAGGAAGGUGUUUGGUUUCAUAUCUGUUAUUUUUAAAAAUAAAUAAAUAAAAUAACACAGAUCACAAGUGUACCAAGGGGUUUUUCAACUCAUUAGACUAAGAGCUGGGUUUCUGGAACCCAUGCAGGCCUGAAGCUGUGGAGGUCUGAGUGACAGCAGAACCUCGAUGGAAGCAGCGCUGAGGGGCGUGACACGCUUGGGGGGCGGGGCUUUAAAUAUACUGUUUAACUGUACCAUUCAGAGCCAACCAGAAACUAUUGACCAUUAAAAAUAUGAGUAUUUCAACCCCUA